AUGGAGGUUCCCUUGAUACGCGGACUAGACGGCAAUUUCCCCAAGAUCGACCCAUCGGUCUUCGUCAGUGAGGCAGCCUACAUUGUGGGCGACAUCACCAUCGGCGAGGGCUCCAGCAUCUGGCCCGGAUGUGUGAUCCGGGCUGACUAUGGCGACAUCAUCAUCGGCAAAAACUGCUCACUGCAGGACAACUGCGUUCUGCACACCGAUGAUCACCUAGAUUUGGGCGACAACGUCUUGCUGACCCACGGCGCGGUCGUCCACGGCGGCAAGGUGGGAAGCAACGUCCUCGUCGGCGUCAACGCGGUGCUGCUUGAGGAUGCCGACGUCAGCGACUUCGUAUUUAUCGGCGCCGGUGCCAUCGUUCGAGGCUACGUACCGCCCCACUCGCUUGUCAUCGGCGUCCCCGGGCAGAUCCGCCCCCUCAGCCCGGCCCAGGAGGCCAGGCUGCAGAACCCCACCGCCAACUACGUCCGCAACGCCAAGCGGUUCAUCGACAACGGCUUGGGCCUGCAGAUACCGGUUACUCCAAGCGAAGGGGAGGCCCAGUAA